AUCUUAUUGCUAGUAUUUCUGUUUAGCUGUUCUUUCAUUUCAGUGUUUCAUUAAUGGCAGAAUCAAAGGAUUGUCAUGUUAUCGUUGAAAUUCCGGUUGAUGAAGAGCAUCAGCUUAAACUUUCUUCAGCCAUUACUACCAUAACUGCAAUUCAAAACCAUCCAUUAAUGGAAAUCUCAAAAAGUCCAGGGCAUCUCUUGCUUCUCAAGCUUUGGCAAAGAGAAGAGGAUCUCUCUGGCCGUAGAAUUGCGGCCAAAGAGACACGAAUGGACAGUAUUAGGAGAGAAAUAUUUCAGAUCUGUUGUUUUUUCUUUAUAUUUCAUGCUCUGUUUUUUAUGAUUCUGUUCACCUCUGUUUCUGAGGACCACCUUGAUGGUAAUGUUGUGUGUCAAAAAUGGUGGAUUCCUUCGAUUCUAUCAGUUUGUACUUCGUUUUGUAUUGUGUUUUUGGUGCAGGUGAAACUUUACAGGUUUUGGAAGGUGUCGAGGCAAUUGCAGAGGGAGAGAGGGGAUGGUAGAGCACUGACAAGGUGCAUUUCGGAGUUGAGGAUGAAAGGGGCGAGUUUUGAUCUGUCGAAAGAGCCACAGAUUGGGAAGAAGAUGAAGAGCUCUAGUGUGGAGAUCAAAUGGAAGCCAUUAACUUGGUUAUCUCAGUAUGCUGUAACUAUUUGUCUCAUUUGUUUUACAGGAUUGCUCUUCCCUGCUUCCAAGCUCGUCCUUUGCGCUUGAUCUUUUUCGUCUUCAAUCUCUGUUCAUACACAAAUCAGCAAAUUUGGAAUCUGGAAAGAGUCGUUCUUGCAGACAUCAAAGUCGAGGCAUUCGUACAUGAAUAGAAAUGGGAAUACACAGUCUCAAACCUGAUGUUUCCCACAUAGAGCCGACUGGCCGGAAAAAGAACCCAAAAGCAACAGGAGAAGAUCUGGCACCUUAAUUUAACAACAGCAGAAGGAAGUUGCCCGCCAGCAGAGAAAAAAGGACAGUCCAGUGCACAGAACAUUCAAUAUUCAGGAAGGGAUCUGGAAAAGGAACAGGGGAACCCGUGUGGCACCACAGCUCAAGCAUCACAUGAAAACUUUACCGUUGCUCCAAGAUCCUUUCAAGGUGCUAGCCAGUGAAGCUACACACAAUUUCUUUACACCUCCAUAUCAAUCAUGCUGCAAUGACAUCAUUAUUGGAAACUUGCUCACCAUUUUCUUGCGGUGUCUCGACUCAGCUAUCAGGCUCACUGCUCUGCCCACUGCAUGAGCAAAAGCGCAGAGAUCUAGAGUUU